AUGAACGAAGACAAGCCUAAUAUCCUCCUUAUAAUGGCUGAUGAUCUUGGGAUUGGAGAUUUGGGUUGCUACGGCAAUGAUACAAUAAGGACUCCUAACAUCGAUCGCUUAGCCAAGGAAGGGGUCCAGCUGACCCAGCACAUUUCUGCAGCCUCUUUAUGCACCCCAAGCCGAUCUGCCUUCCUGACGGGAAGAUAUCCCAUCCGAUCAGGUAUGGUGUCUGAUACCAACCACCGUGUCAUCCGAACACUUGGAGUUCCUGCUGGACUUCCUCUUAAUGAAACAACGUUUGCAGCCUUACUAAAGGAGCAAGGCUACAGCACAGGACUCAUAGGCAAAUGGCACCAGGGCUUAAACUGCCGAACCCGAAAUGACCAUUGCCACCAUCCGUAUAACUAUGGGUUUGAUUUCUUCUACGGCAUGCCCUUCACGCUUUACCAUCCUUGCUGGCCAGAUCCUUCGCGUGACACGGAAUUAGCCAUUGAGAGCAGACUCUGGCUCUGUGUGCAGCUGGUGGCCAUUGCUGUGGUCACCCUCACUGUUGGAAAACUGAGCGGCUGGAUCUCCAUCCCCUGGCCCCUCAUCCUCUCCAUGGUUCUAUUUGUUUUGCUCCUGGCCUACUUCUGGUACGCCAGCUACACGCCCUCUUUGUACUGGAAUUGCCUCCUCAUGCGAGAGCAGGAGAUCACAGAGCAACCCAUGAAGGCGGAAAGAGCCGGGACCAUCAUGGUGAAGGAGGCCAUAUCAUUUCUGGAAAGGCAGAGGCACAACAGAGGACCCUUUCUGCUGUUCUUUUCUUUUCUUCAUGUGCACACGCCUCUUCCCACCACAGAUGACUUCAUCGGCACCAGCAAGCAUGGCUUAUAUGGGGACAACGUGCAGGAGAUGGACUACAUGGUGGGCAAGCUUCUUGAUGCAAUUAAUGAUUUUGGUCUAAGAAACAACACGCUUGUCUACUUUACAUCGGACCACGGAGGGCAUCUGGAGGCUAGGAUAGGUCAUGCCCAACUUGGUGGAUGGAAUGGCAUAUUCAAAGGUGGAAAAGGCAUGGGAGGCUGGGAAGGUGGAAUCCGAGUCCCCGGAAUUGUACGGUGGCCUGCCAAGUUACCAGCUGGACAGUUCAUUGGAGAACCUACAAGUUUAAUGGAUGUUUUUCCAACUCUGGCAGCAGUGUCAGGAGCAAGACUUCCUCAAGACAGGUGA